AUGGAGAAGUUUAAGAUGGUUUUUCAAUAUUUUCAGUCCAAUUCAGAGUCAAUAAUGAAUGGAAUUUGUGGACUUCUAGCUUUAGCCAGUGUUAAGAUGUAUAAAUCAAUGGAAUUUAACUGUCCGUGCUUACCAAACUAUAAUAUGGCUUACGGCAUGGGAAUAAUGUUUGUACCACCGGUGGCUCUUUUCCUUGUUGGUCUUAUGGUUAACAGACAGUCGGUGAUCAUGAUUGAAGAAUGGAAAAGGCCAACAGGCUACCGGAGAAAAGACUUUGCCAUAGUGAAGUAAGUAUUUAAUAUAUGUUUGUUUAUUUGUAAUUGUAAUAACUAAGAUAAAAAGCUAAAACAUCUAUCUACUAAAAUGUUAUUCACAGUGAGUUUAGGUGAACUCAAAAUAGGGCUGAAAAGCAUUAGCUAAGAGUGCAAUUCCGCUUUACAUUUUGCAACUUAGUUGUAUUUAUCUUAGUUAUUUCUCUGCAGUUCACUAUUUGGUAAAUUAACCCACAAUAACUUUGUUUAUAGAUUUUAUCUUUACGUUCACAGCUGUAAUAAUGUUGCCCAGUACCCUAGGCAGGCUAGAUUGGGGCCUUCUACAGGCCUUAGCGCUGUUCUGUGACUGGUGUGUGUGUGUGUGUGUGUGUGUGUGUGUAUGUGUGUGGUGGCUGCGUGUGGGAAUGAUUGAGUGUUCUGUGUGUUAGAGACUGUGUGUAGUGGCUGAGUGUUGUGUGUGUGAAGGAGGCUGUUGGUGUGGGGGAGAAGCUGAGUGUAUGUCAUCUGAGUGUUGUGUAUGUGGUGGCUGAAUUUUGUUUGUGGAGGAGCCUGCAUUUUGUAUGGGUGGAGAACAGUCUGAGUGUGGCUGUGUGUUGUGUACUUAGAGUCCAAGUGUGUUGGGAAAGGGAAGUUUUUCUUUUGACCCCCUCCUGCUUACCUUUAGGAGCAAGUGGUCAUCCAGUGGAGGCCAUUUUUUGCAGGAUCCCCGGUGGUCAGGUGGGGGAACGUGAUUCGCACUUCUACCUGGUGUCACUUUAAGAGUUACAUUGUGGUCUUAGCAUCGUGGUUUUAGUCAAUGACUCAAUGUGCUGCUUGCGGCACUCUGGGUAAUUGAGAAGUUUUGGGGGACUGCAAGGCAUCUCUUGAAGUGAUCUUCAUCUGAUAGAGAUGCAGAGCACAAAACUCCCUCAACGUAGGAGCACAGGGCCAAGCAAGGAGAUCUCACAACCAGAGCCGGAGCUCGAGACCAAGACCACGGCCUGUACUGCAUUAUGGUCAAUCUGGCUCUAUUUUUACUGUAUGUCUAGCGUAUGAGAACACAAAACACUGCAACACAAUAUAAGGACACCAUGAGAUGCCUUUAUGGAGUAGAAACAUUAAUAGAAAAUUUUGGGGGAGUUUAAAAAAUCUUUUUUAAAAAGUGUUUUAAAAAUAGUCCUCACUACUUCCGCCAAAAUUUAAACCGUGUAGGAGAAAACCACAAAAUUGGGUGCAUUUUGAAACAAAAAAAAUAUAUUUAUAUUAAUAAAUGAUAUAUAUGAUAUUAUAUGAUAUUCAAAAAGCAACACAAGAAAAAAUAACAGAAAAUGUGAAAAAGUAACUUUUUCCUAAUAUGAAAUAGCUCAAGGCCUAACCUUUCUAUUUUUAUUUCAAUAAUGCAGUCUUGCACGCUGCAAAGCAAAGGUUUAUGGGAGUUGUGGUUUAGCAGUUGAUUUUCACUGUUGGUUGGCAGCUGAACUACAACUCCCAGAAAUCACUGCUGUCAAAGAACGUUAAGCGUCAGGGCAGAGCUCAAUGCAGAAGAUGAAAAGCCUAGGAAUUCACAGGAAAUACAAGAAUUGGUUUAUAUUUGAUCCUUUUUAAUUGUUUCAUUCACAUAUCGUCAUAAAUUUGGCUACUCAUGUCCAUGUUUGUCCCGAAUGACGUACAGGUUAUUAUUAUAUAAAGUGCAUUACAAAUUUCUCCACUUUCUUGUUAUGUGCAACUAUGCCUGAUGCCCCUAUCAGACUUAUGGCAAAAUAGACCUUUGUGUCUUAUAAUGCGCAGCUUCCAUUUUCUUCCAGGGUGACUUCAGGGCCGCCAUCAGGGCAUGACAACCGCAACGGUUGUCAUGGGCCCGGCGGUCCUGGGGGGCCCGGACUGCUCAGGUCGUCCGGGCCCCACAUUCAGUGGGUACAUACCGGGUCGCAGGGGGCCCUGCGACCCAGUAUGUACCCACAGGGCCAGCCUCUUCUCCUGGGGGGCCCAGCAGCCGGUAACCUCAGGGCCCCCCAGAGGCUGGCCCUGCUGACACCGGGCGGCGGGCGCGCGAGGGAGCACUCUCUGUGGGCUUCCUCUUCAGCUCCCUCGCGCACCGUACUGAUGCCGGAGCCGGAAGAUGAAUGAAAUUUGAGGGAGGAGGUGGGAAGGAAUGAAAUGGGAGGGGGUGGGGGGAGGAAUGGAAUGAAAUAAAAUGGGGGGGGGAAAUGAAAUGAAAUGGAAGGGGGGAAAGAAAUGGAGGGGGAAAGGAAUGAAAUGGGAGGGGGAGGAAUGGAAUCGAAAUAAAAUGGAGGGGGGAAAUGAAUGAAAUGGAAGGGGGAGAAAUGGGAGGGGGAAAGGAAUGAAAUGGAGGGGAGGAAUGGAAUGAAAUAAAAUGGGAGGGGGGGAAAUGAAUGAAAUGGAGGGGGGGAAGAAAUGGAGGGGGGGAUGAAUGAAAUGGAAGGGGAGGGGAAGAAAUGGGGAAGGAAUGAAAUGAAAUAAAAUGGGAGGGGGGAUGAAAUGGAGGGGGGGUGGAAUGAAAUGGGAGGGGGAAAUGAAUGGGGGAAGGAAUGAAAUGAGGGGGAAUGAAGGGGAGGGGGGGAAGAAAUGAAAUGGGAGGGGAAAUGAAUGGAAGGGGAGGGGGGGGAAGGAAUGAAAUGGGAGGGGGAAGGAAUGAAAUGGGAGGGGAGGGGGGAAAGGAAUGAAAUGGGAGGGGGAAAUGAAAUGAAACUCUGAGGGGGGAUAGGGAAUUAAAUUUGAGGGAGGGGGGAGAGGAAGGAAAUUUGAGGCAGGGAGAGGAAGGAAAUUUGAGGGACGGGGGGAGAGGAAGAAAAUUUGAGGGACGGGGGAGAGGAGGGAAAUUUGAGGGACGGGGGGAGAGGAAGGAAAUUUGAGGGAUGGGGGAGAGGAAAGAAAUUGGAGGGGAGAAGGAAGGAAAUUGGAGAGGGGGAGAAGGAAAUGAGAGGGAGGGGGAGAAGAAGGAAAUUGAAGGGGGGAAAAGAAGGAAAUUGGAGGGGGGGAAGAAGUAAAUUGGAGAGGGAGGGGGAGAAGAAGGAAAUUGGAGAGGGAGGGGGAGAAGAAGGAAAUUGGAGGGAGAGGGGGGGAGAAGGAAAUUGACGGGGGGAGGGGGAGAGAUUGACAUCCAUCACACACAAUGCACCCCUUGCACACAGAAAAACACACAAUGCAUUACACACAGACACACGUACACAAGCAAUGCAUCCCUUACACACAGCAACACACAAUGCACCCCUUACACACACUCAAUGCAUCCCUUACAGACGCACACACUGCAUCUCAUACAUACACAAACUCAUCUUGCAGCCCUUACACAUACAAACACAGAUUCACACAAUGCAUUCCUUUCACACAUCAGGACAUCCCCCACAGACACACUCCACUACCUGUGAACAAACUCAUUGGUGGAACAUGAAGGUGGACCCUGGGACGCAGACCUUGAGCUGUGUAAAGGGCCCUCAAAAAAAUGGAGCUGCUUCCUGUUCUCCCAGAACAUUGAUUUUUGUGACCACAGUUACAAACCGCCUCCAGAGAGCCUGUUGUACACCAGACGGCAAAUAGAGCCCAUCAUCAUCCUCAUCUGGUUGUAAGUAGGCAAUCUAGUAUAUUAUUCGUGGCACUAAUCUCUAAUUUACUUCACAUUAAAGGGACACUAUAGUCCCGAGAACCACUGCAGCUUAAUGUAGUGGUUCUGGUGUCUAGCCUGUCCCUGCAGGCCUUUUAAUGUAAACACGGCGGCACUGCAGCACUGGUGUUAGUUAACAUGGCAGAUCAUAUGGGUGGGGCAUUGUGAUGUCCCAUGGGGGGGCGGCAAACUUUACUUUUGCCUAGGGUGGCAAAAAUCCUUGCACCGGCCCUGCAGACACUGCAUCCCUGUGGGCGGAUUCGGGGGGGGCAGCACUUUGGGCGGACUCAGGUGCAGGCACCGGGGGGCCCAGACCUUGAGCUGUGUCAGGGGCCCCAACAUUUCUGAUGGCAGCCCUGGGUGACUUCAUUCAUGAUUCAUGCUGACUCUCUCAUUAACAGUCAGCACUAAAUAUGCAGCCAUGUUUGUAAAAUAAAAAGCAAAAAAACAAGGGUUGCCAUGUUUUUAUAUGAAUUCAUAUCAGAAUCUUAAAGGGACACUAUGGGCACCCAGACCACUUUAGCUCAUUGAAGUGGUCUGGGUGCAGUUUCCCUGUCCCCUUAACCCUGCAAAGCUAAUUAUUGCAGUUUCUAAAAAAACUGCAAUAAUAACAUUAUAACACUAAGACUGCCUCUAGUAGCUGUCAAUCAGACAGUCAUUAGAGGCACUUCCUGCUUACUCUGUGACUUUUAGUCACCUAACUGACAUUGGACGUACUCACACUCUGCAUGAGGACAUUUAGCGUUACUAAAAUCCCCACAGAAAAGCAUUGCAGCAAUGUCUUUCUAUGGAGAGGGCCUAGUGCACUCGCAAAUCUCACUGCACAUAUGCAUUAGCACCCCCCCGCCCCCCAGUUGACAGUUGAUAUAGGCGGAGCGUCGACCCAGGGCCGAUCACGCUCGGGUUAGUACAGCAAGUAUUUGUUAACCCUUACAGUGCUGGGGGGGAGAGAGGGGGACCAGAGGAAAGUAUAGUGCUAAGAAUAGUAUCGAAGACAGGUGUUACUAUCUGUGUUUUUUUAGUAAAUACUCCCUUCUUUUAUGCUUACAGGUACAUGUGCACCAAUGUCAUUCAGAGGGCAAUGGUUGCUCCUGUGGUCUGGAUCCUUACUGCACUUUUAGACGGAAAAUGCUUUGUCUGUGCCUUCAGUGGAUCCGUUGACCCAGACAAAUUCCCCGGCUUUGAAAAUAGCACAUCACUGGAACUGCAACUUCUUCUCAACAAAGUGCCGUGUAAAGACGACGCAUUGAUAAGAAACAAUACUUCACGAAAGGCAGUCUCUACAUACCUGAAAUGCUGGUCACAGGUAAAGGCAGAGUCCUGCCGAAAGAACUUUAUGUAACAUUUUCUAAGAAACUAUUUAUAUUCUAUAUUGUAAUAAUCAUAUACUGGAACUCCUAUAAUCAGCAGAACUUACAAUUCUUUCAAACAUAGAGGCGAUACAUCACAUCUUCUAUGAUCUCUUAUUUCACCCCCCAAAAAAAUUGAGACCCCAUCCCAACUCAAAAGGAAAAAAAGAGUUCAAAAUGAACCCUGCAUAAAAAUAUUAAAUGUGUCAUCACAUAGCUUUUUAAAAUGUCUAUACCAGGUGUUGAUCUUUUUCUAAAUCUAUUCAGCAGUUUUUGUUUGUUUUUUUUAUAAAACAAAUAAAUAAAUAUGUUAAAGAACGCUAUUGUGCAAACAAAUGCCAAAUAGUGAAGAGUGUGUAGCGCUUAAAUAAAUAAACAAACACUUACUCCUGGAGUUCUCAGGAGAUAUAUAAGAAAUAGGUGGGACAAUCCUAAAAAUUAAAUACAGAAAAUAUAGUGCAAUAUGAUCUGUAUAGUAGUGAGAGGAAUAUCUUGUUACUGGAUUCGCUCACAUAGUCUAGAGCCUCUUAAGGACCGUCUCUGAUCACAUCCACUUUUGUGUCCUUAAGGUGACACACAUCCUAGACGUCCAUAUUAGGCGAAAACCUCAAAGAUGGAGACAAAAAGAUGGAGAAAACAGGGAAGCAAUGCUAACCCUGGUGCAGAAAUCUUAAGUGCUGGUGAAAAGUCCAAGACGCGUUUUGCCUGUUUGACCUCACAACAUAGGAAAUAUUACGUACAGCCGUGUCCCAAUACUCCCACCGAUACGAGCGCCGUGAUUGGAUGUAUCACGGGCACCAUCUACCAAUCAUCCCCCUUCGUGGGGGAUUUAAAUCAGAAUGAGCAGCACUUCUAAUUACCAAUUGAUAAAGCCGAAUUACACAGGCGAAACGCGUCUUGGACUUUUCACCAGCACUUAAGAUUUAUGCACCAGGGUUAGCAUUGCUUCCCUGUUUUCUCCAUCUUUUUGUCUCCAUCUUUGAGGUUUUCGCCUAAUAUGGACGUCUAGGAUGUGUGUCACCUUAAGGACACAAAAGUGGAUGCGAUCAGAGCCGGUCCUUAAGAGGCUCUAGACUAUGUGAGCGAAUCCAGUAACAAGAUAUUCCUCUCACUACUAUACAGAUCAUAUUGCACUAUAUUUUCUGUAUUUUAUUUUUAGGAUUUUCCCACCUAUUGCUUAUAUAUCUCCUGAGAACUCCAGGAGUAAGUGUUUGUUUAUUUAUUUAAGCGCUACACACUCUUCACUAUUUGGCAUUUGUUUGCACAAUAGCGUUCUUUAACACAUUGGAUUUUUAGUAGGUUGGAGAGUUCCUACUUUUGUGUGGAAGCUGCUAUCACUUUUAUUGUAUUGUAUUUUAUUCUAUUAUAAGCGCCUUUUAUCACAGAACAUCCACCUUAUUCUACUAUACCAAAUAAAUAUAUAAAAUAUCCUAACUUUGAGCGAAAAGGGGGUGAAGUAUUGUUAGAGAUUUCCGUUUCUAUUUCCCCCACAGUUAAAAGCCAGAAACUACUCUUUAAGUCAGAAAAUAUGAUUGGCUGCUGGCUUGAUAUGUUUUUGGCAACCUAGCAUUUUUUAGCAGUAAUGUAUGCAGUUUUUAAAUUGUGAUGCAAUCGGAAGAUUACACGUCUACACUGAACUUCCAGUAGUAAUUUAAAUUAACCGUAUUGCAUUGAUCAAUGAAACAACAUUAAUAUGUUAGCAUUUUUGUUUUAAAUUGAUUUACAGAAAAACACUAACCACCAAAACAACUUUAGCUGAAUGAAAUAUUUUUUGUUUCUGAUUAAAGAUGAAUUAACAGAGCAGGAAACAAACCUCUAAAACAAACCUCCUGUGCUGAUUGAAAAUGUAACUUUUUUAAUGUAGGCUGUGUGAGUCACACCCAAGGGAGGUGUGACUAGAGCUGCAUAAACAAAGUGAUUUAACAGAUAAUUAAACAGAGAGACUGAAUGGACGCGAUUUAUACACUAAAGCUUCUUCAUUAACCUAUAGUUGUUUUGGUGCUUAGAGUGUCCCUUUAACCAUUUAUUUGUAGGUAUCACAAAGCACUUGAAGACCUGGUGAGCGCAUAGGCCUCCAGGAAAUUAAUUUGAAAGAGUCCAAUUACAUAAUGAAAAUCUCAUUAUUGACUGCAGAUACCAAUCCAUAAACUUUCAGGACUUGUUUGUUGUUUUUUAAUAUGAAUCUAUUUUUAUGUUCUUUCGGAUACAGGCAUUUGGAUGGGGCAUCCUGUUGCUACUCAUUGUUUUGGCUUUUCUUGCACGUUCCCUUAAGCCCUGCUUUGACCAGACAGCUUUCCUCCAGACACGGUACUGGAGUAAUUAUAUUGAUAUUGAACAGAAGAUCUUUGAUGAGACGUGCUGUGCGCAUGCAAGGGACUUCGCCCACAAAUGCAUCCUCUAUUUCUUUGAGAGCAUGCACAAUGAAAUGAAAGUCAGACACUUCACCCUGAAUAAGAAGUCAGACGAUGAAGAGGACCACUUGCAUGGAAUCACCGACCACGAACAAGUGAAUAAUCUCUUAAAAUCAUGGUACCAAAGCAAACCUCCGCUUUGCAUUAAUCACCCCACCCUACGACAGCAUGCCAAAGCCAAAAACACGACCUAUAAUGAAGACGAUGACAAUGAGAAACAAACCGAUGUUUAG